AUGACAAACCUCAAGUUUUUCUGCUCUCCCCUUUCCCCCUCUUCCUUCCAGAUACGUCACGACGGAUCAAACAGCUACCGUUUGAUGCAGCUUGGCUGUCUGGAGUCUGUAGCCAAUUCCACGGUUGCCUAUUCCUCCUCCUCUCCUCUAACUUACUCCACCACCGGCACCGAGUUUGCGUCCCCCUACUUCUCCACUAACCACCAGUACACCCCGCUUCACCACCAGUCGUUCCAUUACGAGUUCCAGCACAGCCACCCGGCGGUCACUCCCGACGCCUACUCUCUGAACUCGCUCCACCACUCACAACAGUACUACCAGCAGAUUCACCACGGGGAGCCCACCGACUUUAUUAACCUGCACAAUGCGCGGGCGCUCAAGUCCUCCUGCCUGGACGAGCAGAGGCGGGAGCUGGGCUGCCUCGAUGCCUACCGCCGCCACGACCUGUCCCUCAUGAGCCAUGGCUCUCAGUAUGGAAUGCACCCAGAUCAAAGACUCCUGCCAGGGCCCAGCCUGGGGCUGGCCGCCGCGGGAGCCGACGACUUGCAGGGUUCCGUGGAAGCCCAGUGUGGGAUUGUUCUCAACGGCCAAGGGGGAGUGAUAAGAAGAGGUGGCACCUGUGUGGUCAACCCCACAGACUUGUUUUGCUCAGUUCCUGGUCGUUUGUCCCUUCUCAGUUCUACUUCCAAAUACAAGGUGACCAUUGCUGAGGUAAAGAGGCGUCUCUCGCCACCUGAGUGCCUCAAUGCUUCGCUCCUGGGAGGCAUUCUGAGGAGAGCAAAAUCCAAGAAUGGUGGCCGCUGCCUAAGAGAGAAACUGGAUAGGCUUGGCCUAAACCUGCCAGCUGGAAGACGGAAAGCAGCCAAUGUUACCCUCCUCACUUCCUUAGUCGAAGGUGAGGCUUUGCACUUGGCUCGGGAUUUUGGCUACACAUGUGAAACAGAGUUUCCAGCCAAGGCAGUAGGAGAACAUCUCGCCAGACAACAUAUGGAACAGAAAGAACAGACAGCGCGAAAAAAGAUGAUCUUAGCGACCAAACAAAUUUGUAAAGAAUUCCAAGACCUCCUGAGCCAAGACAGAUCACCCCUGGGCUCCUCCAGACCCACACCCAUUCUAGACCUGGACAUCCAGAGGCACUUAACCCAUUUCAGUUUGAUCACUCACGGUUUUGGGACACCAGCAAUAUGUGCAGCUCUAAGCACUUUCCAAACGGUCCUCAGUGAGAUGCUUAACUACUUGGAAAAACACACUACUCACAAAAAUGGUGGUACGGCAGACUCCGGCCAAGGACAUGCCAACUCGGAGAAAGCCCCGCUGCGGAAAGCUUCAGAAGCUGCUGUGAAAGAGGGCAAAACAGAAAAGACAGACUAG